AUGGCUUUGACUCAAUCAACGAGCAAUAUUAUCAUGAUUCGACCGGCUUGUUUUUGUUUCAAUACAGAAACAGCUAGUUCGAAUGUAUUUCAAAAAGAUCAAUAUGAUGAUCCAUCAGCAGCAAAUAAAAUUCCAAAGCAAGCUCUAAAAGAAUUCGAUCAUAUGGUCGAGCAACUACGUUCAUAUGGUGUUGAUGUAGAUGUAAUUGAUGAUACACCGUCACCAAUAAAACCUGAUGCAAUUUUCCCCAAUAAUUGGUUUUCAACACAUUCCGAUGGAACAAUUGUUCUCUAUCCAAUGCUUGCAGAAAAUCGUCGUAUCGAACGUCGGCAAGAUAUCAUUAAAAACCUAUGUCAAACGCAUCAUGUUACCGCUAUUAUUGAUCUAAGUGUAUACGAACAACGAAAUCAAUUUCUUGAAGGUACAGGUUCAUUAGUACUUGAUCGUAUAAAUAAAAUUCUUUAUGCUAUACGAUCACCACGCACACAUGAAACUGUUGUGCAACGUUUUACUGAAUUAAUCAAUUAUCAACAACCUCCGAUUAUAUUCGAUAGUAUUGAUGAUAAUCAAAAACCUAUUUACCAUACAAAUGUUAUCAUGGCUAUUGGUACACGUGUAGCUAUAAUAUGUUUAGAAUCGAUUGUAGAUCAAGAACAAAGAAAUACUAUCGUAAAGUCUCUUGAACAAAAUGGAAAAAGGAAAAUUAUUAAUAUUACACUUGAACAAUUGAAAAAUUUUGCUGGUAAUAUGCUUGAAGUAAAAAAUAAGCAAGGUGAUUAUUUAUUAGCUAUGUCAAAGACAGCUUAUGAUUCAUUAACUAACGAGCAAAAAAAUCUUAUUGAAGCAACCAACACUAAAUUAAUCUAUUUCGAUGUAUCAACUAUCGAACAAUGUGGUGGAGGAAGUGUACGAUGUAUGAUUGCAGAAAACUUUCUAGCUGAAAAUAUUUAA